AUGGAACAACUUGCUGAAGACCUACAUGGUGUACAAAUAUAUGUAGAUGACUUCUUGGUCCAUGGGAAAACCCUAGAAGAUCAUAAUAGAAAUUUACUCGAACUACUCAAACGACUUGAGAACUCUGGCAUAACAGUGAACAAGGACAAGUGCAAGAUAGCACAGAAGAAAUUAGAAUUUAUGGGCCAUGAGAUCGGCGAAGAAGGUGUACGACCGCUAAGAAGCCGAAUCGAAACAAUCAAAAGCUUUCGGGCUCCGAAAAUAAAAACCGAGCUAAGCAGUUUCUUGAGCUUGGUAGGAUUUUGCAGUAAGUUUAUACCCGAAUACUCAGCGUUCACUGCUCCGCUUAGAAAACUGAUUAGAAAAGACGUACAGUUCCAAUGGAGAAGAGAACAAAGCAAGGCGUUUGAACGACUGAAAGGGGAACUAAUGAAGAGUAAAACCCUGGGAUUCUUCAAUCUACGUUGUAAAUCAACGAUCAUAGCUGAUGCAAGUCCGUAUGGCUUAGGUGCAGUUCUCGUCCAAAUGCAGAAUGGAGGGGAGAAGAUCAUUGAAUACGCAAGUCGAGCCUUAACAGACGCAGAAAAGAAGUACAGCCAAACUGAAAAAGAGGCCCUAAGUCUAGUAUGGUCAUGCGAAAGAUUUCGCCUGUACGUAUACGGCCCUGAAUUUGAUAUAAUUACAGACCACAAGCCGUUAGAAUUCAUAUUCUCACCCAGAUCAAAGCCUUGUGCACGAGUAGAAAGAUGGGUCAUGAGGCUUAUGGGAUAUAACUUCAACGUUAUAUACCAACCAGGCAAGAAAAAUAUUGCAGACCCAUUGUCCAGGCUAACUGACACGAAUACAAAAUCAAACAUCGCCGAUGAUGAUGAACAUCACGUCCGAUGGGUCGCGAAGGAAGCAGUUCCAUAUUCAAUGAGCAUUGAAGAGAUCCGAGAAAAAUCCACGGAGAUGCAAGACCUUAGAGAUGCGAUCCGAGAAGAUAAAUAUCCAGUGAGACUGUGGAAAUACGAACUGAUCAAAACACAACUAUGUAUCAUUGACGACGUUGUUCUUAGAGGCACAAGAAUAUUAAUUCCGCCUUCAUUACGGCAAAGAGUCUUAAAAUUAGCCCAUGAAGGUCAUCAGGGAAUCGUCAAAAUGAAGCAACGACUGAGAACUAAAGUUUGGUGGUUUGGCAUGGAAAAAGACGUCGAGACAUUCUGCAAGCAUUGCCACGGAUGCCAGCUAGUGAGCGCUGCGCAACCACCAGAACCACUGACCAUGACGAGACUCCCGGGAGGCCCCUGGAAAAUGGUUGCAAUGGACUUCCUAGAACCACUUCAAGGAGAUACAAACAUUUUUCUCGUUAUAGACUAUUAUAGCCGCUUCUACGAAGCAAGAGUCAUGAAAUCCAUCACUGCACAGAAGACCAUUGAAGAAUUGGAGGAAAUAUUUUCAAGAUUUGGCCUCCCAGAGCACAUCACUGCAGAUAAUGGAACUCAAUUUACAAGCACUGAAUUCCGGGACUACUGUUUGCAAAACGGCAUCACGCUGAGAAUAAACACCCCGAAAUGGCCUCAAGCAAACGGAGAAGUCGAGAGACAAAAUAAAUCCUUGCUGAAAAGACUUCGAAUAGCGCAAGCUUCAGGAGAAAUCAUCAGAGCCUUAAGACAAUACUUGUUUGCGUACCACAAUACACCACAUUGCGUAACGGGGAGCAUAUCUCAUAAAGAAGCGAGCAAAUCAUAUGCUGACGCGCACAGACGGAGCAGGCCGUCUGAAGUUCAAAUCGGAGAUGAAGUACUACUGAGAAGAGACGUUAUUUCCGACAAACUAGAGACACCGUAUCUCCCGCAACCUGGUAGAGUGACGAAUAAACUGGGCAACUCCGUGACUAUCGAAACACCAGAUGGGCGUAAAGUACACAGAAACACACCCCGUGUGAAGCCCUACAACAAGGAACGAGAAGGAGAAAACCCAAUCCAACCUUCAGUGGAAGAUAUCCAACAAGAACGACAAGAACCAACGGAGAGGCGUUCCGCGAGACAAAGGCAACCGCCUCCGUGGACCAAAGAUUUUGUUUGCUAA